AAGGCUGAUAAGAGGUCAACAUUUACGCAACCCCAAAAUACUAGUGACAGUACUAGUGCAUCUACAUCAUCUGCAGUACCGGUAACAGAAGACAGGAGGAGUAGCACGUUGAACAUGCCUCCUCCAGUUAAAGUGCCCAGUAAAAGCUCCUCAGGACAGGACAGACGAGGGACAUACACUGUUCCCACUGUUCCCACCACUGUACCUGUACCUAUUGUAGUUUUGAACAAAUUACCAUGUGAGGAAAGGAGAGGCACAUAUACUGUUGCAGCUACGGUGGAAGAAGUUCCGGAGAAACGUGCGAGUCUGAUGGACUUGGUGGCUGAGCACAAACGGAGAUCCCAAGAUCCAACAGGACAAGAAAGCCGCCUUUCAACUGAGCCUACCACUAACACCGAGACAUCAGCAACCACCAUGCCUGAAGAGAUGGAAGCGACUGAUGACACCUACACAGAACAGGACAUGGACCUAACUGCAGUUCCUGCUACUGUCAUAAACACAGAGGAAGCUAAACAGAAGGAAGAUGCUUCUCAGAAGACAGAUACUCGCAAACCUGUUGACAAGGAUGCAGAUAGAAGUGCGGUCCCGGCAAAAGGAAAAACAGGUCAGAAGGAUUUGAACCAGUCUGGAUGCAAGCCUGUGAGAAGAGUGAAGAAAAAGAAAGCCAGCAAACUGCCGACAUUUGUCAAAUCAACAAAAACCACUGCAGAAAGAAGGGAGGAAGCAGAAAAAGAUGGGCAAGAUGUCCAGGAAGAAGCUAGAACAACUCAGGAAGUCCCCAUGCAGGAGGAGUCAGAGAGAGCCCCGGAAGUGUCGGAAGUGUUUGAUGCAGAUGAUGCAGAUGAUGAAACUGUGCCUAAAUCAUUGUGGACCGCUGAACAGACCAUCCCAGAAAACAGCGUGUGCAGCCAAAUAUCUUCCCAUGCCGACGACUCUGAUGACAAUUUUGUCAACAAGAGAGGCAAGAAGGCAACCCGAAGGAUCGUGUCAACAGACAGUGAGAGUGAAAUCGACAGGGACAUGAUCACUGGAGCCGAAUCAUCUGAGAACGAAUCUCGUCCCGACUUUGGUACAAAGAAAAAGAAGCAGAAAGGUGUGAUGGAGAGAAAUGUCAAAGUCUCGACCAAGAUGACAAAGAAGGGGUUGGUGGUGCAGAGCACAAGCACGAAGACUUCUGCUAAGGACGUGGAAGAAACAACAGCAGAGAAAAGCCAGGAGAACAGGGGACGAGAGAGUGUCUCAGUGUUUGAUCUGUCUUCAGGGGACAUGUUCAGCGACCCAUCCCCACUCACACUGAAGCCUGUUGUAUCCAGGGGUCACACAUCACAAGAGGACGACGGCAAACAGUCACAAUCCCGGGGAGGGAAGCCCAAAAAGCAGGUGAAGUUAAAAAGGAAACAGGGCACCAGUUCUGCAAACAAGAAAAAGCAAGACGUCCUGGUGAUGGAGUCAGACUCCUCUGAUGAGGAAGACAAAGAAGACAAUCAUACAAGAAGAGGGAAGACAUCAAAGACUCAUAAAGACAUUCCUUCAAUCCCAGAAAGCACAAGCACGAAGACUUCUGCAAAGGGCGCCAGCAAGAAAAAGCAAGACGUCCUGGUGACGGAGUCAGACUCCUCUGAUGAGGAAGACAGGGAAGAAAAUCAUACAAGAAGAGGGAAGACAUCAAAGACACUUAAAGACAUUGCUCCAAUCCCAGAAAGCCCUGGCAGCUUGCAGGAACACAAUGCAAGAAAGGUAACAGGAAGAAGGAAUGCAGACAGACAAAGCGAUGAAGGACAUGUUGUUAGACCCAGAAGAAGGACGGCUGCUGUAAAGUAUUUCCCAAGUGACUCCGAAUCAGACGAUGAUUUCUGUCAGAGCAGGAAGUCCAAACAACGGAAGUCUACCAGAAGGAGUAGCAGCUAUUCCCUCUCCGAGGAGGAAGAAAACACAGGCACACGGAUGCCCCUGCGACGGACCCCCCAGAGGUUGCUUCAGAGCGCAGAGAAGGGAUCCCUGUCAGCCAGACACGGACGGGUGUACCAGGAUUCAUCAGACAAUGAUGCGACAACACCGCAAGUGGAGCGAGCAUCGUCCAAGAGACGGGCUUUCCAGGAUGUGGGUAACACUCCACAGGAGCACAGUGACAGUACAGGCACUAAAAGCACCAAAACCACUCCACAAACGGGCCCCAAGGGUCAGAAAAAGAGGACCUUUUCUUCCCUGGGUAGUUGCGAUGAGACUCAGGAUGAGGAGCAAAGUCAGAAUGAAAACGGUGAAGACCCGUCGGCUGGAGGGGCUAAGAGGGCUCGUCGGGCUCGUCAACAAGUCAGCUACAAAGAGCCAAACCUCCAUAGCAAGUUGAGACGAGGCGACCCCUUGACUAUCAAGUUUGGGGACUGGUCACCCCAGAAAAAUAAACACAAGUCAUGGAAAAAACUCAGCAAGUGAUUCACAGAGUGUCCCCUUAGUCCAUCAAGAUCAAGAUUUGCCAGUGCUACAUCAAGUUUGCUUAUUUGCUGAAUUGAUUUGUAAAUGCAACAGAAAGUUUUCUGUAAUGUAAUGUAGUAAGUGUAGUAUGGCCUAUAGAUUUGUCUUUUCAAGGCAGAACCUCAACUUUUGAGUUAAGGGUGUUAUUGUUAGGACACAGUUAGUGUUUAUUGGUGCCCUUUGUUUUCAUUUUUGCGAUGUAGCUAUGUGUUACUGUUAGUGCUAUUUUUUAGAACAUUUAAAAUUUAAAACAUUUUACAACCAAUUAUUGUUCUCUUAAACUUGUUCUGUAUAUAUAGUCCAAGACAUAGUUUUAAGAAUGAAUCAGUUGCUGUCUUUUGCUGUCAUUUCAAAUAUAAAAGUAAAAGAAGUCACAGCUAGUUUGAAAAACAUUUCUUCUUGAAGUAGCAUUGUUUUACUUUACUUCCUUCUGGUAAUAUUUGGACCAGAAAUGUUAAGAUUGCCUUGGGUUCUUUUGUACUACAGGCAGGGAUACUGAAAAAUUAGUUUUUUUACCCUAUUUCCUUUUCAACUUGUGUUCAGUAAAAACACCAAAGCACAGAAAUAAAUAGAUUGAUGGAAAUAAAUAGAUUGAUACAAAAAUCAUUUAUUCAUUGCAGUAGAACCUGUAGUCAUUCAUUUACGUUGCUUCCUUAGCACUUUUGCUAAAUUUUACAAUGUCAACUCCAACGUGUACAAUUCAGUUCACUAGAAUACCACAUGGUUACAUUGUAGAUAAAACACCUAACUUCUGCUUUAGGUGAAUUGUAGCCGCUUGAAUACUAGUAAUGCAUCUCAGUGUACUUUUUAACUUAUUGCAAAUAAAUGUUGCAAACAAAACC